AUGGAGGAAGAGCUGGACGCAUGGCGGCGAGGGAAGCAGGGACCGCUCCUGCCUCUGCGGCCGACCGAGGGCAUGGGACCCGACGCGAGAAGGAUGGGACCCGACGUACCCCGCCUGCAACGAGUGCAUCGCCAACGGCCAGAGACGAGCAAGACGUUCACUGACCUCAGCGCCGUCCGGCUGCAAGCGACGCGAGAGAUGCAAGUCCACGUGCAGAAGCAGCUCUCGGCGAUCAAGCAGGCCAAGCAGUCCCCGCGUCUCUGCGCCAACUACAUGAGCUUCCCCGACGUGCAGCCCAUGGAGCCCAAGACCGUGGACAAGGAAGACAGCGAUGCGCCAGACGUCGUACGACAAGUCGAAGAUGCGACAGAGGACGUAGCUCACUACGACGUACCGGACCAUCACCGGGCCGACGACCUCGAGGACCGUGCCGAAGAAGACUGUGCCGGUGCUGUAGCUGAAGCCCAAGACGACAGCGAACCUACAGAGCUCGAUGACUGCGUGGACAUGGCUCAGGACUGGCGACCUGACGACGAUCCAGAUGGCGAGUCGUUUGACGACCACGGGGCCUCGGACGGCGACGAUCUUGGCCGCUGCGAGGUCGUUGGCCGCUGCCAAGAAGACGAAUUUGACGCGGGUGUGACGAGCGACGAACGACGGGAAGACGCUCCAACUACGCGCCCAAGUGAGACCUUCCCCAGCGCGGCCUACGCCCAGCAACUCCAUGAUCGAUUCUGGGCCGACGACGAAACCAUUGCGAUCUUUCAGCUGGAUCAAGAGAGUUUUGGCGGCGGUGCGUUGAACGAGUCAUGUGAUCAAGACGUACAUGAGCUGUCGCAUGACGAUCUCGACGAAGAAGCCUGGGAGGUCCCAGCCACGCUCGUGCCCCACGCGUACCCCGUGGCGUGGACACCCAGUUUUGACAACCUCAGCCCCGCAUCUCCGCAGAGCAUCGUUCAUUCCAGCCCGUCGCUCUCGUCGGAGGACGCAGACACCUCCUCGGACGAGCUCGCGCAUACCGCCAAGUACCAUCUCGAACUCGACGAGUGGCCUGCACCCGCUAUCAACGCAGUCAUCGGCGAUGGGCUGGGCACCGACGACCCAAGCCAGCUCACGGAGCGCGGUGACGAGGUGUCCGACUCGACCACGCAUGCGCUUGGCACGGAGGGCAGUGCUUUUGCUGCCGAGGCCAUGGCCGACGAGUCGAUGGAUGACGCCACCGACGAGACGCAAAACGCGCCUGCCGCGACGAGCAUGUCUCUGGACGUGUCGUCGAGUGAAUACGAUCACGUAUUUUCGGGCUCGGACGUCGACGAUGCGACGUCGCCCGGCUACUACGGCGACAUUUCGGUGCUGAGUGGCACGACGCCGGCGUCGAUUGUAGAGCUGCACCUCGACUCGGGUGCCGAUGAAGCCAGCGCGUCGUCAGCACUUGAGGAGGUUGUUUCUGUCGGCUCUGGAGACGACCCAGCGGGAACGAUCCCGCGAACGCACGCAGCUUUACACGCACCACACGACGACGACGCCGAGGAUUUGACGCUCGAUGGCUCGGACAACCUUUUGCUCCACGAUUCUGUCGAUCUUCUCUUGGAUGCCACCUUCACGGGCGGUCUGCACGGGCUAUCGUCGCCGCUGUCGGUCGAGAUCCCGUCGGUCUCAGCGACGUGUGCCGCUGCAGUUUCGCCCACGACAGCAUUGCCAACAGUGCUGCCCCGCCCGCUCGACGCGUAUCUGUGGCUGGAUGUGCUGCGCCGUUUUGUGCCAUGCAUGGUGUUUGUCGCGCUGGGCUUUGCCGGCUUGCGCUGCCGGGACCAUAUCACUGCGAUGCAGCUCGCUGCUGUCGCUCCACGCUUGCAGCGGCUCACGGAAGGCCUGGCAAGUCGCCAGACGUACCUUGAAGCGACAGCCCACGCUGCCAAGACGCUGCGUACGAGCGUAGCUCUGCAUCUCCGUGGAGACGCUCAACUGGAUGCGUAUCGUCGCCAGAGCGACGCGAUUGCGGCCGCUCGGUGGCACCUUGUCGACGACUACACGGCUGCCAUCAACGAUGCUCGUGCCCAAGCCGACGCAUCCUUUCAUGUGGUCCAAGACUUUUCCGAGGCAACAAUCGAGCAGCUCGCCAAGCACUUCAACCUGCCGUGGACGUCGAUGGCAUCCAACCUCGAGGCAUGGACACGCUUGUGGCAGCGCGAUGUCGCUACCUUGCACCGUCGUCGCGCUGACGUGGCCGCGUGGCAGCAGCGUUUGGCGACGACGCCAACGUUCGAGUUUGAGUUUCGAGACAUGCUCCAGCUCGCGCGGCAGUGCCGCAAGGACCAAGCGCCCACCUCGCUGCCGCCGCUACCGUCGCACACGGCCGAAUUCGAUACGGACUGGCACGUCUGGAUGGGCUUGAUCGUGGUAUUUUCCGUCGUGCCUGUGAUUGCUUGCACGGGCCAUUUGCUGCGACCUCGCCCAGCGAUCUGCCUUAAGAACGAAAACCCGAUGCGACAUGCGCCGUUGCAACGGGCUGACGCGACCUCGCCGCACUUCAGUACGUCCACUGCGUAA